ACAGUACGUGGGCGCUGUGGGCGUGCUACUCCUCGCGAUGGGCGCCGCUGCGUGGGCGGGCUCCGUCUUGUACCAGAAGGCCGGAAGUGGCGGCUGCGGCGACGCCUUCGCCUCCUGCUCUGCGCGCUCACUCGUCUCCGCUGCCAUGAUUUGCACCGCGAGUAGUCAGUGUCGCGGCUUCAGCUACGAGAGUCCCCGCUGCGAGAUGCACAGCCGGUUCACUCCCCCUGACAACGCAUCAAGCAUUCCUUGUUAUUUUCCAGUGAGCGAAAUACCCGGCGCCGGAGGAAACACCGCGAUGACAACCACGUCGGCGCCUUUGCCAACUGUUGGCCAGCCGUCCCUCAGCAACACGCACACCAGGAAAGUCGAGAAGUUUUCCCGCUGCAACAACAACGGCGCUGCUGUCGGCCUGUACAGGGAGGUUUUGGGGGACUACUAUUUCAUCUGCAGGACGUCGCCCAACGAUAUCCCGCUGAACACAGGCUCGACGGGGUCAUUCUGCUCCAGCUCUCCCGUGGGCUGUCUGAACACCGAGUGCAGUCCGGGCAGUGUGUUCCACGGGUACGACUGGAACCAGCAGACGGGCCCUUGCUUUGACAUCACCAGCAGCCAAGCCACAGUAGACAGGAACGACUGUCACGUGGUGUCGCUCGUUCAGGAUCUCCUUCUCCAGGACACGAGCUUGUGGUUGUCGUGGCGGAUCUGCAACGGUGACGGGUUUUUCGUCGUUACCAAGGUUGAAAUCGUCAGUAUGUUGAUUAGCAGCAUUACCUGUUGCAGGGCUCAUGCCACCUAGCGUCACCUGCCCUAUCGGCUGCCUGACGAAGGAAUAGGCAACGUGUUCUCAGGCGACGCUGUGUGAUAAUCUGGUCGCAGCUUAAUGAAAGCAAAUCAAAGGCAUCACAACACACUUGCUGAAAGAGAGCAUCCGAACCUUUGCCUCGCGAACACUGGAAUCUGCCAAAGAACCCCAACACAAGGAGAUUUCUGCCUGGACUAAUUCAGAGAACAUACACAUAGAUUUGUCAGGUACCGUUUCGCAUGAUCCAUCAUUGAGUCAGUCUCUGAAAAGGUGUUAAACCUAGAAACUUUUUUAUGUUUAAUCUGCACUCCACUCCGUUGUAUCCAUGUAGAUUUGGUAACAACUUUAAACCUUCUUCAUUGCACUUCAUCGUUAGAAUUGUCUUGCAAUAUCCUGCAAUCUCACUAAUCAUACAUUAACUAGUUUGAUUCUCUUGCUCUAUAUAGCACACUUUAAAGUUUAAUAUACAACCAUGCUCAAUUUCCUUGGUAAGCUAAGAAUGUUUAUCAUUAUAUGAAUCUAAGUGGCAUAUUUAUCAACAAUUUAGUAUCUCCGGAUUCUUUACUUAAUCGAAGUAUGUUUCAAUUAUCUGAUAUAUCAAUAAUAUAUAUUCACUACAUUUCCUCAGAAUACUCGGAUAUGUUCGCUAUGGUAUUAUAUAUUAUGUUUCUUUUCUCUCUGUCUCUCCAAAUAUCCACAAUGUUUGAAGUAAAUGUAUGUAUGUGCA